AUGGAGGAAAUGACUGGCAACGACGAGAUCCGGUUGAUGGACGGGGUCGGAGAUGAUGAAGAAGACAUGCUCGCGGGGCAGCAGGAACUGUUUGGCCAAAGUGCCGAUGCACCUAUCGAUCUUGGUGCUGAUGGUGAUGCUGCCGGUGCCGGUGCUGGUGCCGGUGACGGUGCCGGUGCUGGUGCUGAGCAGGACGCCGAGAGCACUGGCGCCAAGAGGAACCAGCCAUGCACCUCUGAUGGCUGGGAUGAGUACGAGAAGAUCUACAAGGGUAAUGCUAAAGAAGACUACCUUAGUGUGGUUGCUCAUUUUGUUAGUGCUGACUGGCAAUUAGAGAAGCGGAUCUUAGAGAUGAGGCUCAUUGAUGUUUCCCACAAUGGUGACAACAUUGCUGAGCGUGUGCUUGCUGUGUUGGAAGAAUUUGGUUUAACUGAAAAAGUAGUAUCUGUUACUUUGGACAAUGCAUCUGCUAAUACUAGUGCUAUGAACAUUUUAUCUCCUCAAAUUUCUGGUUAUUCUGGCUUGAAGAGGAUAUCUGCUUACCUGGAAUCAUUUAGAACAACAAUUUCUUUCUUGAAUUCUUCUAACCAGCGCAUUGCAGCAUACAAAACCUAUUGCAUUGCUGUAAAUGAGCGUCCAAGGAAGUUUGGUUUAGACAUGGAUGUGAGGUGGAACUCUACCUAUAUCAUGCUUAAGCAUCUAAUCCCUCAUAGGCAGAGCUUUAGUGUGUUUAUCCAGACACACUACCCAAGGGAACCAGGUGAGCCUAUGCUACUGACAGAGUCCCACUGGUAUAUUGCUGAACACAUCUUGACAUUUCUUGAGCUCUUCUAUGAUUCAACUUGUGCACUGUCUGCUGUAUAUGAUCCUACAUCUCCAUUAAUAUUGCAUAACAUAAUUGAGAUUGCUGCACACCUAAACAAAUAUGAAAAUGAUGCAAUGCUUAGAUCAGUGGUUGUUCCUAUGAAAGAUAAAUUUCUUAAGUAUUGGAGGGACAUACCUAUACUUUACUCAAUUGCAUUCAUCAUGGAUCCUAGAGCUAAGGUAAGGGGUUUCAGCAAAGCUCUAGUUGUAGUUUCUAACCUCACUGGUAUUGAAUACUCUUCUUAUUUAAUUGAGGUAAGAGCUCAACUUUCUAGCAUGUUUAACAAAUAUGAUGAGAAGUUUGGUGCAGUGAGAAUGCAAAGGCCUUCACAACUAGUGAGUUCUGGUAAGAGAAAAGCUGCCUGGGGUAAGAUUUUUGGUGAUGAUGGUGCUAGUUCUAUUGGUGCUAGUUCAUCCAGUUUUGGUAACUCUUCACCCACUCCAUCCUCUCUAUCUAGAAGAACUUCUGCCAGUGCAUUGUUGCAAGCAGCAACAAGUGGUGCUGCCCUUGCUACUGCUUCUGAACUAUCUUCCUACUUGGAUAGUGACAAUAAUCUGCAUUCAAGUCUUACUGUCAGGAUCAUCGAGGAGCGUCGCCGCCUAUUGGCUCCAGAAACGGUGGAGAUGCUUUCCUGCAUCAAGGACUGGGAGGCUGGUGAUGCAAGAGCAUAG